AUGGGUACUUGCUAAAAUAUAUGCAAACAAUAAGAGAAUGAUAAAGAAUGCACAAUGAUGACUAGAAACAAGAUCAAUAAAGGACAAGAAUCCGAUAGAGAAUCUAAGACUGAUCCUUAUUUGUCUUUGCAAUUGUUGAUUAAGGAGGAUUCAAUUGCAGAAGAAAAUAAUUGUUAUGUCUCCUAAAAGCAACCCUGCUUUAUUAAAACUAAAGAAAUAGCAUCUAUACCAACACACACUGAUAGAAAAAACCGCUUUGAAAACGAUAUUAAGCUUGAAAUUAGAUAUAAAAUAUAAUAGAUAAGACAAUAGGAAGAAGAGGAGCUUAGAAAAUUGCAGGAACAAUAAUUAUUAGAGAUGAAACAAAAAGAAGAAUAAAAUUAGAAGGAAUAAGCACUUGAUAACUAAUUCUCAUUCUAAAAUUCAAUGAAACAAUCAUAAUCAGAAGUACCUAACAAUUAAUAAACCUCUAAUCCUUAUUUACCAAGACAGACAUCUUAAUUUGCACCUAAAAAGCCUGAUGCUGAUACUGUUUCUUAAAAAUCUUAAAUAUCCAAAACCCCAACGUAGAAAGAUUAACAAAUAUCUCCCAAAUCUGAUAUGAUGAAGAAGUCUGCUCUAAAGAAAAUAAUAGUUCAAAGAGAGGAAUUAUAAAGUAAUAAUGCAAGCUAUGGAACAUAAAAGUCUGUUUAUUCAAAAAAAGUGAAAUAGUUAGAAGCUUUUGAAAAAAUGUUUAGUGAUUAUUAUUCAUAAGAGGAAAGAAGUCAAAGCGGAAGUCAUAAGACAUAGAAAAGUGUUAAAAGUAUCUUAAAAAAGAAUAGAUCACUUUCUUAGAGAAGUAUAUCAAUGAGUAAAAAUUCAAUAAAAUCAAGUCAUACUGUGUUUAAAAAUAGAAAUUCAAAGAAAGUAAGAUUUUCUAAUGAUACUAAUUUUAACAAUGAGAGAAAAGGAGUUGUUCGAAUCAGAAAAAGUUGGUGGGAUUGGUGA